AUGGAUUUGGAUUUAUUUUAUUGCCAUCACGCUACUGCCAUGUCCAAGUGGAAGGAACCAUUUGACGCAGCAGUGAAGGAGUACAGACGCGGUGACUUCGAGAAAUCCUUGGAGCUGCUGGAUAGAACGCUAGCACUACACUCCCAUUUGACCGUCUACGAUACAAAAUGCGCGACGCUGUUAAAAUUAAAUCGCACAGAUCAGGCGUUACAAGUAGCUAGAAAGAUGACACAAAUCGACGAGAAAUCCCCAAAAGGAUACAGGAGGUGUGCAAAUAUACUCAAAUCUCGCAGUCUCAAUAAGCAAGCCCUCGCUAUGGCAAAUCUCGCUUUGAAGCAGUGUGAGUACAUUUCAAAAGUCACGCGCAAGCAAGAUCCAUUGUUUUUGGAAAUGCAGGAUUUGAGGGAUGAGCUUCAGGUUGUUGAGCAGCUCAGAUUGAGCUCGUUUAGAGACCCAUUGACAGUGCUCCCUUUGGAGAUGGUGCUCGAUAUCGUCGAACUGGCCGCCGAGUCCACCAACGACUACUCUUUAGUCACACGUCUAUCACACGUAAACAGCCUAUGGAGACAGACAGUCCUCAGUAUACCCCAACUAUGGCGCAGAUGUGCCAUAAAAUUCGAUGGUUCUGGGAGGGCGCUGAAAAAGCUAAAUACAUUCUACAAGCGCGCAAACAAUACCCCGCUACGACACAUUAAGAUGCACCUCCUUAACGUGGAAGAGGUGCUUUCAUUCUGCACAAAUCCAUUGCCUUCAAUCGACAUUAACGCUAACAUAAAUUUGUCUACUUUGGAGAUGGUUUACUCCCACAAAUUCAAAAUAAACCCAUUCUUCGAACCUAUCUCUGGUAUCUCGGGAGACAAGAUGUUUCAGAAAGUUGACAAGCUUGUAUGUGCGGAUGGCGGUUCUCUAGCGCAUCAUGACUUGCGCGACAUUGACGAAGAUUUUGUUUUGAAUCGGGUGAAAAACACACUUGAGCUAGAUGGCUUCAAUUAUCACGCACAAAGUGGCACCCCUGGAAACUACACCUUGAAACGCUUCAAAUUGAGUAAAAGUCGCGCACCACCAAUACACCACCUCAUGAGUGCUUUCCCCAACCUGGAAUCAUUCGAGUGGGACCAGGGCUAUGAAUGUCAUGAAGAAUCUGAUUCGCAUUUGAUUAACAUCAACAUGCCCAUUCUCGAAACCCUCCUCAUAGCCGACGUAAGGGAUGGACUACGCAGUAUAACACCACCCAGACCAAUACCCAAAUACAAUUUGCCUAAUUUAAAGCGCUGUAUACUCAAGGGCGUGCCACUGUACAUGUUAGAAUGCGUUCAAGACUCACCAAAGCUGAUACACCUGUCGAUUCAAAACCAACUAGACACUGAUUUCAGCCUCAUGGCUAACGCGCCAGAUCCGUCUGUAUACAUUGAUAGGUUUAUUGGCGCGUUCAGCAACCUCAACGAUUUGCAGGUGCUCGACUUGACAGGUACAGGGUAUGGUGUGAUUAUACUGCACACAAUCACCCAGAAGAAGCUAUGUCCGAGAUUGAGAGCAGUAAAUGUUUCCCGAACAGCGGGUUCGUUCGGCAGGCUGCUAAUUGAGCUCAUUAAACAGCGCAACAGCACCCCUGAUUUAACAUCCAUCGAUGAGCUUAUCGCGAACAGGUGCCCCGAGCUAGAACAUGAGGCUGUGGCAUGGGCUAGAAGACACGUUAGCAGUGUGCAAUGUGUAUAUGAGACAAAGGAAGAGUCUAGAAAACAGCCAAGACAACGUUAUAGGUACGAGAGAGUCUAG